UAUGUUAUGACCCUUUCACAGGCUCUGUCCAUUCGAAUGUCUAAGCAUCCCUCUUGCUUCUGGCUGACUGGAGGUCUGCUCCCUGAUUGGAGCAGAGGGGAGGCGGGUCUUGAACCAUGGCUCAGUGGCAUAACUCUGCCCCAUUGCUCCAAACAACGUGAACACCAUGGCAGCUGCUGCAACACUGGGUUUCUGUGGUGUCACUGGAGAAAUAGUUUCAGACACCACACUGCCAGACUAUCAUAUUUUGGAGGUUGAGGUAACUGGUCCUGAUGGGUUCUCAGUAAAAACACUGCACCAGAACCCAGCCAUACUGGGAGCUGUUACAGGAAAUGCUACAUACAAUUCUUUCUGGAGCAGUUUACUGGGUAUGUGUAAAUAUGAUGCAGUAGAUGAAUACACUGAUAAGAGUAGGAAGCAAAAAACCGUAUACACAAAAUAA